GACCCGUCAGUGGAGUGUAGUGUGCGAUGGAGGAGGAGUUGCGUUGUCCGUCUUGUAAACAGUUCUUUAAUAACCCUGUUUUGCUGCCGUGCUAUCAUGCCCUUUGUCUCAGUUGUGCUGUGCUCCUGCAACAACCUGCUCAAAAUAAUGCAGCAUCGACGAGUUCCUCUGAAAAUGCUGAAAGCGUGGCGUCCGGUAGUUCGGGCGACUACCAAGAAAGUGACAAGUUGUCGAUUUUGAGUGAAGCGGACAGUGGUGUAGUGUGCACGUCGCGCCCCAAUAGCUACGUGGGCACCCCCAACGGCCUUCUUUUUCCCACUGCCCUCAGCCUCACCUGCCCCCUCUGCCAGAAGUUGGUCUACUUCGAUGAGAACGGGGCCCAUAACCUGCCUAAGUACAGAGUCAUGCAGGCUAUUGUAGACAGGUACAGUGAGCUGAAGAACUUGACACUCAAAUGUCAGAUGUGUGAGACCGAGCCAGCCAAGGAGGCUACCGUCAUGUGCGAACAAUGCGAAGUCCUUUACUGCGAGGACUGCAGAGAAUCUUGCCAUCCGGCUAGAGGGCCACUAGCUAAACAUGUACUCAGCGAACCGAAACGAUGCUCUGCGAUUACGGUCAGGAGUCAAGACGGAAAAUGCAUCGACCAUGCGGAAGAGACCCUAAAUAUGUAUUGUUUAGUUUGCAAAAUUGGUGUGUGUGCUUUGUGUCUGAUGGAUUCCAGGCAUGCAUCACACGACGUUCAAGCACUUGCUAUUAUGUGUAAAGCUCAAAAGACUGAAUUAUCUCAUAAUUUGCAACAAUUGUCAGAGAGAGCCCGCUCGACAACUGAAUUCAUCCAGCGUCUUAAGGGGAUGAGCGAUAAAGUUAAUGAAAACUGUGAGGAAUUUGAGGCAGUGGUAUCCGCUCAAUGUGAUACAUUAAUCGAGGCUAUUCACCACAGGCGCUCACAACUUCUUGAAUGCAUUAGACAAGAUAAAGAAUUAAGGGUUAGAGCUUUAAAGGAACAGGUUGCAACAUGCACUAGUAGACUGCAACAAACUACUGCAUUACUUCAGUUCUGCAUUGAAGCACUCAAAGAAACAGAUAGUUCUGCAUUUCUGCAGGUUGGCUCAAUGUUAAUUAGUAGAGUAGCAAAUACUGACCAUUCGUGGCAUAAAGAGUGGACAGCACCACGAGUUUCACCUCACUUCGAUCUUACUUUAGACGAUAAAUCCGUCCUUCGAGCGAUUGACCAGCUCAAUUUUAUUCAAAUGAAACCGUACGUUGAUGGAGAAGAACGAAUGCCUGCAGCACCAACUGCACCAACGAUUAUACCCGAAGAAUGUAGUGCUGAAAAUAACUCUGUUACGGUGGCCUGGCAACCUCCUGCUCAAAGUCAUAUUGAAGGUUAUGUUUUGGAAUUAGAUGACGGAAAUGGCGGCGAUUUUAGGGAAGUAUAUUGCGGAAUUGAAACAAUAUGUACAGUUGACGGACUUCAUUUUCACUGCAUGUACAACGCAAGAGUCAAGGCUUUCAACAGUUCUGGUGAAGGGGAUUAUAGUGAACUGAUAGGGCUACAAACAGCAGAAGUUGCAUGGUUCACAUUCGAUCCAAUAUUAUCAGGACCAGGCCUUCAGUAUUCCGAAGAUAAUACUACAGUGACUGGUGAAGGAUGGGAACAUAGAGUAGCAUUAGGUAGUGUUGGAUUUAGUCGCGGUGUACAUUACUGGGAAUUCACUAUAGAUAAGUAUGACGCUGACACAGAUCCUGCAUUUGGGGUUGCGAGAAUAGAUGUUACUAGAGAUAAAAUGUUAGGUAAAGAUGAUAAAGGAUGGUCCAUGUACAUAGAUAAACAGAGAUCGUGGUUCCAGCACGCAGGGGGUCAUGAACAAAGGGUUGAAGGUGGCAUAUCAGUUGGUUCAACCAUAGGCGUACUUUUAGAUUUAAAUCACCAUAUUUUAUCGUUUUACGUAAAUGAAGAACCGCAAGGAGAGGUAGCAUUUAGAGAUUUAUAUGGCGUGUUUUAUCCAGCUAUUAGUAUUAAUCGAGGCGUAAGCGUAACUUUGCACACUGCCUUAGAUCCUCCAUCUGAUUCUGAAGAAACCUGAAUUUUCCGCAUCGACAAUUAAAUAUUAAACGCACGGAGCACAACAAAAGAUGUAUUUUCCUUUAAAUAGUGUAGUUGACAUUGGAGAAAUAUUGGAUGUGACGCAAUAUUUUUUAAAGAUUUUUUUUUAAGUGUUAAGAAGUCCUAAUGUCAUUUUGUUAAAGUACUUAUGGUAUGAUAAUGGCUUAAAUGAGUUUCUGUAGUUAUUGUUUGAUUUAUAUUUAUUUAUCACAGAAGAACAUUAUACGUAAAACAACGUUGUUGACGUUUCGAUUCGUCAGUAACAAUGUUGUACAGAAUUUUUUCUAGUCUGAGCUAGUUGUUUGUUCAAGCUUUGUGACGCAUUCUAAAAUUCAACAAAAAAAAGAACAGGGAAAUCUCUAAAUUAUAGCAAUUAGCAAAUUACAAUAAAAAAAACAGCAGUGUUGGCGACGGCAAAAUAUUGUACACCUCUUUUGCGAUAUGCUUGUGUAAAGUAGUCCAAGAACUAUAAAGUUAUAUGACCAUCAUAAAAGUAGUUGGCCUUAAAUAAGUACCCCCUUUGUGUGGCUAUUACGCACUUCAUUUGAAAGCCGAUUAACGGAGUGGUGGAUUUAGAUAGUUAGUGAAAGCCGCCCCUGAACGAAACGACAACAGCCGGUCGAGCUGCAUUGGACACGUUAUUUACGACGCUAAAACUUUUUUUAUUGUAAACAACUUAACUUCGACAUAAUGGGAUAAUUUUAUCAUGGCCAUAUAACCUUAUAGCUCUUGGACUACUUUACCUGCAUAUACAUCUUAAUUUUUUUGUUUUAGUGGUAAAAGCUGUAAUAGAUGCUGAUCUGGCUUACAAAAUUAAAUUUAUAUUGCAGAUUUCAAAAUAAUUAAAAAUUAAGAUGUUAGAAAUUUUAAAUAAUAAGGUUCUUUUUGCAGAUGUAUUUCAUAAAUAAUACGAAAUGUAACAAUGGAAUCGAAGGUAACUAUUAUUUAAGCAGUUAAUUUCUUAAAAAAAAAAACAGGAUUUUAAAAUUCCAAAGAAAAUGUUUCUCUUGUGUGAACUAUUGCCAAUGGUUUACUAUUUUUACAGUUCCAUUAGUAUAUGCUGCAUACAAACAAUAACGUUGAUAAGCAUCAUGUUAAAUACCGCAAAACUUGAACCUUUUUGCAGUUCUGUUCAAACGUUUUAAUAAUUUGUAAAUUCGUAACUGUAAUUCGUAGUUAAUAAUUAACCAUGCUUGUAAUAUUUCACGAACACAUAAAGCAGGAUUAAAAUUAAACAACAUA